GUCCUUCCUCACAAUACAACGUAGCUUUUAAAAGCGGAAGUAAGCUUGCUUGACUCUAACCAGAGCCAAACAUAUUUCCGUUUAGACGGUUCAUUUCAAGUGUAAAAAUGCUGUCUGUAUUUAAGUCCAUUCCUACGCACAUGGACUACAAGGGCCAGAAGCUGGCUGAGCAGAUUUUCCAAGGAAUUAUACUCAUCUCUGCGGUGAUCGGAUUCGUGUAUGGGCUGAUUAUUCAGCAGUUUGGCUGGACAGUGUACAUUGUAUUGGCUGGAUUUGCUGUGUCUUGCCUGUUGACCCUGCCUCCAUGGCCGAUGUACAGACGGAAUCCUCUGCCCUGGCAGCCGGUGGCACCAGAAGCCAGCGGAGAGCCCACCCAAAAGCCCCAGGACAACACCAAGAGAAAGAAGCAUAAAUAAUCCUGUUCAUUUUUUUUUUAUAUAGAAAAGUGAAGUUUGUCCUACAAUUCACAUUCACAGCAAAUAACAGUAUAAGAGGGUCAAUUCUGUGCAUUUAAAAAAAAAUAAAUAAAAAGUUAAAUCCG